GUGGGGAGUAUCGGUGUUACUCAUGUUCCCUCAGUUCUGGUGUAUUGUCUCCAGUUAAAAAUGUAGACAUUCCCAAGACGUGAAAAGCAGCCCAUGUCUUCGUCACGAGGUUAACCCUGCAGAAAGACUGUAAUGGUGCUACAGGAAAUGUAAUGCCUGCAUUUUAUUGCAUUAGGAAUGCUCCAUUUGGGUUCGUUAUAAGCUGCUGGUAUUAAAACAAAUAAAACUUUACGGUGCUCUUUUAGCACAGAACAGUUUCAGCAUCCCUCUCCUUCGUCGGCCCUGGAAAUAUGAUAUUGAGUUAUAAAACUGUUGCUGGAAAAAUAAUUAUAGGGAUACACAUUACAGCUACCAGAAACAGCUUAGUUCUCAUCCUGUACAGUAUUGUUUUACGUAGAGAGAAAUGUUUCCAUGUAAUUUGCUUUCUAGUUAUCCCAGUAAAGUAUACUGCACGAGGUGGCAGCUUAUUAGUGCUGUGAUUUCAGUGCAGCGCACUCUUAAGUAUUCAGCUGACAGAGCAAACUAAAGAAUGAUGUGCUGAGAAGGGAGGAGGUAAAGUGAAGCAUCUAUUCCAAUACGUUUGUUAAUCUUUCUAUAAUUAUUAUCUUCUUGUUAGCCAUUCUCUGAGGGUAUUUACAUAUGUAAACAAGAACUUUUUGCCCUUAGUUUAUGACAGAGUCUUGGACAGGGUGAAAUUGUGCCUGUGAGUCUUUGGGUUGGGGGAAGUAGGGGUUUUGUGCGCUUUGUUUUCUUCACUGUUUAGCUGUUUUACUGUUAGAACAGUCCAGUAUAUUGGGUCUGUGACUCUGCUGUUAGUGACUUUAUGUAAAAUGAGAGGGUUAAUUUGUUUCCUUUCUACACUGAAGGGUGCAGAGAUGGAUCUUGUAGUAGUUUUUCCUUUGUAUGUGUGAGUUCAGCGAAUAGGAGUCCUAAGGAUGCUGCCGAACAACCCCCCACGCCUCUCGGAAGAUACUGGAUGCUUUGCAUGUGGAAUGGAAAAUGGAUUCCGAGUUUAUAAUGCAGAUCCACUCAAAGAAAAAGAGAAACAAGAAUUUCUAGAAGGUGGUGUUGGCCAUGUCGAAAUGCUGUUCCGUUGCAACUAUUUAGCACUAGUAGGUGGAGGGAAAAAGCCGAAGUACCCACCUAACAAAGUAAUGAUCUGGGAUGACCUGAAGAAGAAGACUGUCAUUGAGAUAGAGUUUUCGACAGAAGUCAAAGCAGUCAAGCUGCGAAGAGACAGAAUUGUGGUAGUCUUGGACUCGAUGAUUAAAGUUUUCACAUUCACACACAAUCCCCACCAGCUGCACGUCUUUGAAACCUGCUACAACCCUAAAGGUCUCUGUGUCCUUUGUCCAAACAGUAAUAAUUCUCUUCUUGCGUUUCCUGGAACACACACUGGGCACGUGCAGAUAGUGGAUCUCGCUAAUACAGAAAAGCCUCCUGUCGACAUACCGGCUCACGAGGGAGUCUUGAGCUGUAUAGCUUUAAACCUGCAGGGAACAAGAAUUGCAACAGCAUCAGAAAAAGGGACCCUCAUAAGAAUAUUUGAUACUUCAUCAGGGCAUUUAAUCCAGGAGCUACGAAGAGGAUCACAGGCAGCCAAUAUAUACUGUAUUAACUUCAACCAGGAUGCUUCCCUCAUCUGCGUCUCCAGCGACCAUGGCACAGUACAUAUUUUUGCUGCAGAAGACCCUAAAAGAAAUAAGCAGUCAAGUUUGGCCUCCGCCAGCUUUCUCCCCAAAUACUUCAGUUCCAAAUGGAGUUUUUCCAAAUUUCAGGUUCCCUCAGGCUCUCCGUGCAUUUGUGCCUUUGGAACGGAGCCAAACGCUGUCAUAGCAAUAUGUGCAGAUGGCAGCUACUACAAGUUCUUAUUCAACCAAAAAGGGGAAUGCUCAAGGGAUGUCUAUGCUCAGUUUCUAGAAAUGACGGACGACAAGCUUUGACUGAGGUGAGGGCGUGCAUGGGUCAAAGCACUGCCUUGGCUACUCCACAUCUUUGGAAGGACAGUAUACGAAUGUCCAAGACUGGUCAAGAAGUUUAGCAGACCUCACCGAGAAGCCUGGCCCAACACGAUCAGAACAAGCUCUGAAGUAGUGGACUACUUAUGUUUAUUCUCAUUUCUGCAAGUAUUCAUCAUUAAAGUCUCUUUGGGUUCCUGUCAUCAACUCAAGUUUUCAAGAUGGCGGCUUUCCACAA